AUGAGAUCUUAUCAGGAUCUGGAAAGUGAGGAAUGGUAUCACGGAUUUAUCCCGUUCGAGGACUUAGUGGGGCUUCUUCACAAUGAUGGUGACUUUCUAGUGAGAGCUAUAGAUCCAGUUGGAGAAAAGCCUCCAUUGGUAAGUAUCUUCUGA